GGUGUGUAUUUGUUCCACACAGUUUGUUAGCUUCACACUAUUCACUAGAGCAUAAAGCCACACAUACAACCACAUACAGACAUAACUCACUCCCUGGAUUAUUCGUCUUGGAUUAUGAACUAAAGGAAGGCCAUGAAGAAGCUUCACUUUUUUAUGUUUGUGCUGCUGUGUCUCAGCAAGGCUUUGCACUACACUUUGCAACUGGACAGCAGUGCUUUUCUCAUCUACAAUGAAGAUCACAAGAAAUGUGUGAAGGUGGUAGAUCCCAACAUGGCACAGGUCAGUGACUGUGACUCGUCCUCGGACUUGCAGCGUUUCCGAUGGAUUUCCUCUUCAAGGAUCCUAAGCAUCUCCCACAAGUUGUGCCUCAGCGCUCAAGACCUUAAAGAAUGGGUUCGAGUUGUUCUGGUCCCCUGCAAUGAGCUCAGUCCUAUGCAGACAUGGGAGUGCAAGAAUGAGACUCUGUUUGGUAUAAAGGGCCAACCGUUGCAUCUGAAUUAUGGCAACCGCCAUGAGCCCAAUGUACUGCUUCACACAGGGACAGGUUCCUGGAGCCGCUGGGAGAUAUACGGCAAUAAGCAAGACUUGUGCUCUCACGGAUACGAAGAGACGAUCACCAUUGGUGGCAAUUCUUUGGGAAGCCCCUGUCAGUUUCCCUUUAAGUAUGGUGAGAAUUGGUAUGCUGAGUGCACGAUUGUUGGACGGUCAGAUGGACUACUUUGGUGCGCCACAGUCACAGACUACGAGAAGGACAAGAAAUGGGGUUUUUGUCCAACAAAAUCAUCAUCAGGUUGGGACACCGAUCCAGUAACAGGUGUGUUAUACCAGAGGAACGUUUUGUCAGUUCUGACCUGGCAUCAGGCCCGCAAAAGCUGCCAGCAGCAAGAUGCUGACCUACUGAGCAUCAUGGAGCUCCAUGAGCAAACAUAUAUAUCAGGAUUAACUAAUAUACUUGGUUCGUCACUUUGGAUUGGAUUGAAUAGUCUGGAUUUUGAAAGUGGCUGGCAAUGGAGCAAUGGAAAUCCAUUCAGAUAUCUGAACUGGGCUCCAGGCAACCCCUUACUGGAGCCUGGAAUGAACUGUGCAGCACUUAAUGCUGGGAAAGCAUCGAAAUGGGAGAGUAUGGCCUGCAAUAGUAAACUGGGAUACAUCUGCCGCAAGGGAAACUCCACUUCUAUUACACCUUCAGUGGUUAAAGAUGAGCCCAGUUUCUGUCCAGCCAACUGGGUGCCUUUUUCUGGUCACUGCUAUUCUCUGUCACGUACUAAGGUGAUGUGGAAAGAUGCUUUGACUGCUUGCCGUAAAGAAGAAGCUGACCUGGCCAGUAUUCACAACAUAGAAGAACACAGCUUUAUUAUAUCACAGAGUGGAUACUUGCCCACUGAUGAAAUAUGGAUAGGUUUAAAUGAUCAAAAGACUCAGAACCUGUUUGAAUGGACAGACAGAAGCCAUGUCACCUUUACCAAGUGGCUUGUGGGAGAACCUUCACAUACAGAUUUCCUCAAAGAAGACUGUGUUCUCAUGAAAGGAAAGGAUGGGAAAUGGGCAGAUAACAUGUGUGAAAAGAAGCAUAGCUACAUGUGUAAGAAGAAAGCCUCCACGAAACCUGCAGGAUCACCUGAGGUCAUCAGUCCUGGAUGUCCUGCUGGUUGGAUCAGAUUCAACUCCUACUGCUACAGCUUUGCUGUAGAAGCCAAAACCUUCAAUGAAGCAAAAACAGCAUGUGGACAGACUGCAGCAAGCCUAACACAAGUUACAGACAGGUAUGAGAAUGCAUUUCUCAUUAGCCAGAUUGGCUUGCGACCUGAAAAAUAUUUCUGGAUUGGCUUAUCCAAUACAGAACAUGCAAAUCGCUUUCAAGGGACAAAUAAGCAAACUGUCAAAUUUACACACUUUAAUGUAGGAAUGCCAGAUAGACACCAGGGCUGUGUUGCCAUGCGAACAGGGACUUCAGCAGGAUUAUGGGAUGUAAUCAAUUGUGACAGUAAAGAAAAGUACAUCUGUAAGAAAAUAGCAGAGGGUGUUACGACAACCAGAGAGCCUCCUAUAACACAACCUCUAGGUUGCCCUUCUACAUGGAUAAAAAAAGACCCUGGCAGCUGCAUUCAGGUAAAUAGACAUGAACUAAAGGGUAAGAAAACAUGGCUUGAAGCACGUGAUUACUGCAGAGCCAUUGGUGGUGAUCUUGCUAGCUUUCACUCUGAAUCAGAAACCAACAAUUUACCGUAUGGUGGAGGAAGUGACUCAGCAUGGAUUGGCUUUAAUGCCCUGAAUGAUAAUGAUGGUUUUGUAUGGUCAGAUGAAACUCCAUCAGACUAUGACAACUGGUCAUAUGGGGAGCCCAAUAAUUACAAUUCUAAUGAGCGUUGUACAGAAGCCAGCUUCUACUAUGGUCAUAGAUGGAAUGAUAGGGAUUGUGAAUCCUACAAUGAUUGGAUCUGUCAGAUACGAGUGGGUACAAGGCCAAAACCUCCACCUACAAGCAAUCCACAAGCAGAGUAUAAUAUCACAGAUGAUGGCUGGAUACAGUUCAAUGGUAGUCAGUACUACAUUAAUACUGAUCAUCUGGAUAUGGAUUCGGCUCGAGCAUUUUGUAAGAAGAACCAUUCUGACCUUAUUGUUAUUACCGGUCAAACUGAGAGGAAGUUUAUAUUUAAACAGAUUUCAAGAGGCUCAGAGGACCAGUACUACAUUGGAAUGACAGUGGGAUUGGAUAAGUCUUUUAGUUGGGUGGAUGGUUCCCCAGUUGUCUAUACAGCAUGGAACCAAAAUGAACCAAACUUUGCCAACAAUGACGAAAACUGUGUUACCAUUUACAAGAGUAUGGGAUUCUGGAAUGAUAUCAAUUGUGGAGUAGAACUACCCUCCAUCUGUAAAAGAAGCGAUAACUUUGCCACCAGCACAGUGGCUCCUACCACUGCACCAAAGGGAGGAUGUAGUUCUGACUGGACUGCUUUUCAGGGAAAAUGUUAUAAAUUUGUAGGGAAAGAUAGCAGUGAAGAGAAAUCGUGGCAGGAUGCUCGACAAUACUGCAUCUAUCAAGGAGGCAACUUAGUGUCCAUUCGGAGUCAAGCAGAGCAAGCAUUUCUCACCACUAUGAUGCUCAAUGCACGUGAUGAUAUGUGGAUUGGAUUGAAUGAUGUAAACUGGGAGAUGCGCUUCCUCUGGACAGAUGGGAAAGGUGUGAAGUACACCAACUGGGCCAAAGGUUAUCCGGUGUCAUUUCCAGACAGCCGCAGAGGAUAUGGAUCAGAUGACUUCUUCUUAAGGUGGGACUAUGACAUUCAGGAUGAAACCCAGUUUGACUGUGUCAUUAUGGUGAAGGCACCAGAAAGGAUUACUGGCAUGUGGAAGGUUGAGGACUGCGAUGAGAAACGAGGAUUUAUCUGCAAGAGGAAUAUUGAUUCUCAAAUCAAAGUUCCUGCGACAACAGUGCCACCAGCAUCAUAUUUUAAACUCGGAAAUGAUUCAUAUAAAGUACAGGCUGAGAAGAUGAGCUGGGAUGAGGCAAGGAGACAGUGCAAAGCAGACGAUGCUGAUUUAGCUAGUGUGUUAGAUUCUGUCACUCAGGCAUUCAUCAUCCUCAGAGUUGGCAAAAUGAAAGAGCCAGUGUGGAUUGGCCUAAACAGCAAUGUGACCAGUGGACGAUACCGCUGGACGGAUAACUGGCUGUUACGCUACACAAAAUGGGCUGUAGGUGAACCAUUAAGAAACCAGGCCUGUGUAUACAUUGACACAGAUGGUACAUGGAAAACUUCAGAUUGCAGCAAAAGCUACUAUUCUCUCUGCAAACGCUCACCAGUUAUUGCACCAACUGAUCCCCCUCAGCUCCCAGGACGCUGCCCAGAACCAAAGAAAUCCAAGGUCUGGGUUCCUUUCCGAGGACACUGUUAUGCUUUUAUAGCCUCAAGGAAUGAGAACUGGGCUCAUGCAACAGUGGAGUGUAUGAGGAUGAGUGCAUCACUGGUGAGUGUGGAGGAUGCUGCGGAGGCCACCUUUAUCCGCCAGAAUAUUGAGAUCCUUCAUGAUGAAGCCAAAUCUUUCUGGAUUGGGCUCCACCGCAGCUACACGGGUGAGUGGAUGUGGAUUGAUAACACCGUAGUGGACUACAUUAAUUGGACACCACGGUCACCCAGUACAGUUGGCGACUGUGUGGAGAUCAAAUCAGAAAGUGGCUUGUGGAUAAACUCUCACUGCAGUGGGUAUAGAGCCUAUAUCUGCAAGACCCCUAAACUUAUACCGCCAACCGAGAAACAGCCGGCAGUCCAACCACAGGUAAAUGAGGCCUCUCAUGGCUACACUGGUAUCGCUGUAGCAGUUGUGUUGGUGAUAAUUGCUGUUGCAGGACUGGCUGCAUUCCUCUUCUAUAAAAGACCAACUAUCCCAGCGGUUGGAGAGUGUACAUUUGAUAACACACUCUACUUUAACAACCCUGCACGAUCUACCACUACAGUAGACACCAAGGGACUGGUUACUAACAUGGAACAAAAUGAGCAUGCAUAACAAACACACACACACACACACACACACACACACACACACACACACACACACACACACACACACACACACACACACACACACGCAUACACACCCACUUGCACAGUGUUACAAUAAAAUUCUACAUAAAUGACAAAAGAAAUAAAAAAGUGUUUUUUUUUAAAUAAUGAAGAUGUAUAGAUCAAUUGUGUACAUCAUCAAAUCUUCUUGGUUGUAGGAAGAUAUCUGCUCAAUAUUUAGUAGAGUAACACUCAAAACACACUGUCGACCAGACGCUUAACAUCAGACAUUGUAUUAACAUGUUGCUUAUCAACAUCUUAUAAUGCUUUCUUUAAUUCUAAAAAUGUUGAACUUAAUAUAGUACAGUGUAAAUUUUCAGAUUGUAUACGACCAUAUUUCUAUUCUCAGAGCUGUGCCAUUGACGUUGUCCUUCUCUAUUUUAAUUUUGGUUUAUUGUAAAUAAAUGUUUAAAGCUCUAAAAAGAAAUGAAGCAUGAAGUAUAUGUAUGAUGUUAAAGAUGUUCUAGAUAUUUGUGUUCUGCUUUAUAAAAUGUAAAGCACU